GUUCCGACACGAACAACUUCCUUCCCAAAAUGCGCGUAGCCCUCGUAGCAGUACUUGUGCUGGUGAUGGUGGCCAUAGUAAUGGCAGAUCCCGAUCCCGGGUAUGGGAAAGGGCAUGGCGGCUAUGGACACGGAGGGUACGGUAAGGGCCACGGCCACGGAGGGUACGGCAAGGGCCACGGCCACGGAGGGUACGGCAAGGGUCAUGGCCAUGGUGGAUACGGUAAAGGACAUGGCCAUGGAGGAUACGGCAAGGGUCAUGGCCAUGGUGGAUACGGUAAAGGACAUGGCGGAGGCUACGGGCACGGAGGAUAUGGCAAAGGUCACGGCGGAGGUUAUGGACAUGGGGGCCAUGGCGGUCACGGAGGCUACGGACACGGUCACGGUAAGAAAUCGUAAGAAAAAUUAUU